AUGGCUAGCGGAAAAAAACGGAAUCUCUUAGGGUUAAGUUUACCACCAACUGUGAAAGAAGAUGCUGGAGAUCCAAUGAUUUUUAAUGUUCCAGAAGUUAGUUUGGAAGAAAAGUUAAUGAAAAUGGCUUUAAGUGAACCACAAAAACAACGUAUGCAUGAAUGGAUGACAACUAAAGAAUCUAUUGGUUCAUUAAAUGCAGAUAAUGUAGAGAUAAUUGAACAGUUAGGUCAAGGAAAUGGUGGUGUUGUUAAUAAGCUUCGUCAUAUACCAACUAAUGUUAUAAUGGCAGCUAAAAUGGUUCAUUUAGAAGUUAAACCAACUAUUAGAAAUAAAAUAUUACAAGAAUUAGAAAUAUUACAUAAAUGUAACUCUCCAUAUAUUGUUGGUUUUUAUGGGGCUUUCACAGUCAAUAAUGAUAUUAGUAUAUGUAUGGAGUAUAUGGAUGGUCUAUCAUUAGAUAUAAUUGUUCAACGAUCCGGAAGAAUUCACGAAAAUAUUACUGGAAAGAUAUCUGCGUCAGUUGUAAAAGGACUUUCAUAUUUAAAAGAUGAGCAUAAAAUACUUCAUCGUGAUGUUAAACCAUCUAAUAUGCUUGUAAAUAGUAGAGGUGAAGUUAAACUUUGUGAUUUUGGUGUUUCUGGAAUGCUUAUAAAUAGUUUAGCAAAUUCUUUUGUUGGUACAAGAAGUUAUAUGUCACCAGAAAGGUUAAAUGGUAGUGAAUAUUCUGUACAAUCUGAUGUUUGGAGUUUUGGAAUAUCACUUGUUGAAAUUUCUAUUGGAAGAUAUCCUAUUCCUGCACCAACAAAAGAAGAAUUUAUGAAGAUAUUUAAUGUAUCAGAAGACCAAGUUAUUUUACCUGAAAGCUGUGCAUGGCCAAAAGAAAAUAGUCCAUCAACACCUAUUACAAGUCCUGGUGAAUUGGCAAUAUUUGAAUUAUUAGAAUAUAUAUCAAAAGAGGAUCCUCCAUUUUUGCCUUUAGGUAUUUAUUCUCCUGAUAUAGUACAAUAUACAGCAAAAUUAUGA